AUGCCGAUGUACGGGGAUCUGGGCAACAAGCUGGUCCAACAUGCCAAAAGGGCUCAGAACCUGGCACAGCUGCCAGCAUAUCAGACGGAGCUUGUCCGUGCCGUGACGCGAGAGGUGCGGGAUCUUGAUAGAGACGUGGCGAGCAUGCUCGAACCCUUCCAAGGCUCGUUUGAUCCGGCUGCAGAACAAGCCACGGCAUGCACUCUACUGGUCAACCACCUCUCGAUGCGGAGAAACAAGCGCUGCCUCCUCGCGUACCACCGCACUCGCGCCGACAAGCUGGAGGAGCUGGUCUGGAGCGGUUCCGACGUCGUCGAUCUCGCCGGGCAGCAGCAAGCAGGAGCGGCAGCAAAUAGCGUGCCAGCCGCCGCGAAUGAUAGGCAGAGCAGCAGCCUCAGCCCCCAAGAGGAGGACUACGUUCGGCAAUACGGAGACCUCCUGGCUGCAUACAAGGGCCAGUGGACCGACAUUGACUUGACCGGCAGCCUCGACCCGCCCAGGGAUUUGUUCAUCGAUGUUCGCGUCCUGAAAGAUGCGGGGGAGAUCCAAACCGAAUAUGGAGCCAUCAAUUUGACCAAAAACAGCCAAUUUUAUGUCCGGCAGGGCGAUGUAGAACGCCUGAUUGCUCAGGGAUACCUGCAAAAACUCGGCUGA